AUGAGCAGCUCCUCUGCCUACGAACCCGAUGAAGACGACUCCGAGCUCGAUUCUGACACUGCGCUGGGGCGCGCGCGCCAGCAACGGUCGACCUCUCGAGGUCGAACUCUAAGACGAUUCUCUGUUGAUUCGGAGCAUGAGAAUCCAGAGACAGAAAAGCUUCAAAAGAUCAAACAAGAUCGCCUCGAUGCCCUCAACAACCUAUUCCAAGAUAUUGGGCCGAACUCCCUCGAGGCUUACACUGGACUUCUCGCGGAAGUUGAAAAGGGCUAUGAUCCUAGGAAUGUGAAGGAAGAUGAUGAGUUAUUGAAUGUCACGCAAGAUGGCGCGGUGGUGUGGACGGCCACGGAGAAGGAGGUUCUCUACAAUUUUCUCGAUCGAAAGAGCGCCAACGGAAUUAAGGAAAUCGCGACUGCAAUCGGUACAAAAUCGGAGUUGGAAGUGAUGGAACAUCUCAGGGUUGUCCAGAGAACCAUGAGGAAACGACUUGAUCAGCGACGUCUCAGGUGGAUUACUGUGGCUGAGAUCCCCGCAGCAGUCGAAAUCGACGAGGGGUGCUGUGCUGAGCAGGAAAAAUAUGCCAAGUACUUGACCCUCAAAGACGCCAUUGCGGACGAGCACACCAACCAGCUCCACUACGGUGAUUAUGGAAAAAUCGGCGAGACCGAAGCCCAAGCCCUCGGCAAUGCAGACUCCGAUACUCCCUUGCAAGGCGAUCUUCAACUCGCUGCUGGUCUAUUCAAUACGCCGAAUUGGAUCUCCCUGUCUAAAGACUUUUUUAUGAACUUCGGUGGCGAAAGGGAAGCAGAUGACUGGAGAAAUAUUGCUGAAUCGGAAGAGGACAUGCCCUCAAUUACUGCAGACGCAAUGAUGGAUUUUUCUGCCCUUGCGACCAGUCUGAUACGCCGUUUAAUCCAAUCUUCAAUAUUCAUGACUGAAUCACGGCUACGCACUACCGGUAUAACCUCUGAUGCCCACCGUGAAAUCAAGCUUGGAGAUGUCCAAACUGCAAUUGAAGUGUUGAACUUGAAGCGCAAGCGACCCUCCUUCCUGGAACUUGCGCGUCGAAAUCGAAUGGUCAUCGGCGCAUUUCCCCACAAAGAACUAUCGCGACGCGAACCAUCGGUUAUGGCGAGGCAAAGAGAGUCCUUGACGCACGCCAUGGAACAAGAGAAAGUUUCGCACAAUGAUGCGGGUGAGACUGUGCUCAGUGAAAGGGACGAGGAUUCAGAUGAGGUCAUGGAUGAAGAUGGCGAUGACUCUGACGAAGAUGAAGAAGACGCCGAGGACGAGACAAUUCUUGAUGCGCAAAACGAAUCCGGUCACCCAAAUACCUCACAACAUCCGGAACUUGUACAGCCUGGUAUCUCUGAUGGCCAAUUAGCUGAAGACAAGGAGGAAGAAGAGGCCGACAACUUUGAUCGCGAACAAAGUCGCCGGGAAGAACUGCGACUCUGGUCUAUGUUCGAGAAACUCCCGCCGCCCGCCCUUCUCAUCCCCAUAGUUGAAUCCCUCCCUAGCCUCAACGAAGACAGGAAAGAGGCUAUGGACGACGCAAAGGACGACCUGGCACAGCAUGGUAUCUCGGAGCACAGGACCCAAGAGGACGUCGUCGAUUGGCGAGACCAUACUCUUUACCGCAGUGAAUGGGAACAAUACGGCUCCGACCUGGAAGAUCUGGCGGAGGAGCUGGUUCAGAAUAUGAAGAAGCGUCGCCGCGUCGAGGCAGGUGAUGCAGAGGAUGGCCAUGACGGCCACCAUCACGACGACGAUAGUAACGACGAAGCUGCCGACAGCAGCAGCCACAGUGGCAGAGGCAGCCCCGUCGACAACAGUGAAAGCGACGACAGCAAUUCAAGUGACGACAGCGGAGUCCAAGAAAGAGGAGGAAAUCAAGUCACAGCCUCUGCUCCUGCGCUUCCACCAGCAAUUUACAUCAACAGUGACGAUGAUGACAACACCAAGGUUGGAAACCUAGAGAACGAGGCUGGAGACGAAAGUUCCACCGACUCUGGCUCUGGCUCUGAAUCCUCCAAUGAGUCUUCCUCUAAAAACGGCCUCGAGGCUGGAAAUAAAGAGAACGCAGCCAGAAUCGUAAUAUCCAGCGACUCUGGCUCGGGUUCUGGCUCUGACUUUGACUCCUCUGGCGGUUCCUCCUCUGAUGAUGAAGCCCUGGAAGCUGGAGAUGAAAGGAACAAGGCUGGAGAUGAAAAUUCCCCCCGACUCAGGUUCUGA